GAAGCAGCUAAUCCUGGGAAAGGAGCUAACAGUGUUACGAGCAUGGUACAUCAUUACUUUGAUAAGUUUGGGCAUGGUGAAACAGAUCUCAAAGUUCACUUUGAUAACUGUACAGGACAAAAUAAAAACAAUGUUGUGUUAUGGUAUGGUCUUUGGAGAGUGUUGACAGGGCUACACAGAACCAUAGAACACUCGAUGAUGGUAGCUGGCCAUACAAAAUUUGAGCCAGACUGGCAUUUUGUCGUUUGGAAGGUGCACUGGAGAAACGCCAAUGCUGAAACAAUAUCACAGGUAGCAGAAUCCGUCAAUACUUCCAGUAGAAGUGAUCACAAUAUACCACAGGUUGUAGGCAAUGGUGAAGAUCCUGUCCUGUUCUAUGAAUGGAAGAAUUAUUUACAACAGUACUUUAAACCUCUGAAAUACCUAACCCGCUACCACCAUUUCUACAUGGAUUCUGAGAAUCCAGGAAUUAUUAGAUGUCGGGAAAAUGCUUCCUCAGAGCCUGUUACUUUCAUGUUACUGAAAAGCAAAAGUAAAGUUCCCAUUCCAGGUGUUCUUCCUUCUCCAUCAGCCAUUAAAGGCCUUGAACCUGCUCGACAAUGAUAUUUAUUUGACCACAUCAGAAAACACUGCUAUUCAGAGACAGCAAAAGAAUGUAUAUGUCCAAAACCUACUGUUCCCAAACAAGAAAUAGACUUGACAGAAUGCAUUGAAGAAUAUAAACCAAAAGGUGGCAGAAAAAAGGCUUUACUAAAUUAAGCUUGUAAUUCACUAAUUCGGAAUUGUGUACAUGUUUCAACAUGUAUGAACUG